AUGGACGCCGUACUUCGCCAAUCGAAGUCCAUGUGCCCAUUCUUGAAGAAGACCUCUCCGGCCAUGCUUCGCUCCCUCUCGACCUCGACCCGCCAGGCCUCGCCCGGCGGUGGCAGCAUGUCCAAUCUGCAGACCAUUGCCCGUCGCUGCCCCAUCAUGGGAAAGGCCCUCGCUGUGCAGACCGCAAAGUCCGGCAAGGUGGGGCUCGGUGGGGUCGCUGCUCUGGGAGCCGUCAGGGCUUUCUCUGGAAAAGCAGGCACUGGGAAAGCAAGACUCCAUACCAGCCACCACCGCGAGGCCAGAGCUGUCGAGGAUACGCUCUUUGGCCGCGAGAAUGUCCCGUAUCCGCAGCAUGUCAAACCCGUCCGCCCCGUCCAGCACAAAGCCGCCAAGUUCGACUACGAGGGCUUCUACAAUGCCGAGCUCGACAAGAAGCACAAGGACAAGUCCUACCGCUACUUCAACAACAUUAACCGCCUCGCCAAAGAGUUUCCCCGCGCUCACAUGUCCAACAAGAACGAGCGAGUCACCGUCUGGUGCUCCAACGAUUACCUCGGCAUGGGCAAGAGCCCGCAAGUCUUGAAGACCAUGCACGAAACCCUCGACGAAUACGGAGCUGGUGCAGGCGGGACCAGGAAUAUCUCUGGCCACAACCAGCACGCUGUGGGCUUGGAGGCCACAAUUGCAAAGUUGCACGCCAAGGACGCAGCAUUGGUGUUUACUUCUUGCUACGUAGCCAACGAUGCUACGCUCGCAACACUGGGCAGCAAACUUCCAAACUGCGUGAUCCUGUCUGAUAGCCUGAACCACGCCUCCAUGAUCCAAGGAAUCCGCCACUCAGGCGCCAAAAAACUAGUCUUCAAGCACAACGACCUGGCGGAUCUCGAAGCGAAACUCGCUUCUCUUCCCCCGGACGUUCCCAAAAUCAUAGCCUUCGAAUCCGUCUACAGUAUGUGCGGCAGCAUCGGCCCCAUUGAAGGAAUCUGCGACCUGGCCGAGAAAUACGGCGCGCUGACCUUCCUCGACGAAGUGCAUGCGGUAGGCAUGUACGGACCACACGGCGCAGGUGUUGCCGAACAUCUCGACUACAACGCUCACCUUGCUGGCCGUCCCCGCGGCACGAUUAUGGACCGUAUAGACAUCAUCACUGGUACUCUUGGAAAAGCCUACGGUUGUGUAGGCGGGUAUAUCGCCGGCUCAGAGAAAAUGGUUGACACAAUUCGCUCCCUGGCUCCGGGAUUCAUCUUCACGACCUCCCUCCCCCCUGCAACCAUGGCUGGCGCGAAGACUGCUAUUGAGUAUCAGAUGGAAUACCAAGGUGAUCGCCGCCUUCAGCAACUGCACACGCGAGCAGUCAAGGACUCUCUCACCGCGAGAGAUAUCCCCGUGAUCCCCAACCCGAGCCACAUCAUCCCCGUGCUUGUCGGGAACGCGGAGAUGGCAAAGAAAGCCUCCGAUAUGUUGCUUGAUAAACAUGGGAUUUACGUCCAAUCCAUCAACUAUCCCACCGUCCCGGUCGGCCAGGAGAGGUUGAGAAUAACCCCUACUCCAGGCCACGUCCGUGAAUUUCGCGAACACCUCAUUGAAUCUCUUGACUCCGUGUGGAACGAGCUGGGCAUUAAACGCACCAGCGAGUGGGCUAAAGAAGGCGGCUUCAUCGGCGUAGGCGAAGAAACCGCCGAAGUUGUGGAGCCGCUGUGGACUGACUCACAACUCGGUGUCUCCGAGGUGGUGAAGGAGAUGAAGGAAGCGGGGCCGGUGGGCGUGAUGGAGGCGCUUCUCGAGCGAGAGGCGAAGGAGACUGCGGGGGCGGUUUCUGCUGCUGCGUAA